AUGGCGCAUAAGAACUCUGCCAGACAAACCACGCUGGGAAAGUUCUUUGGUGGUGGAAAUGAUAACGCUUCUAAUCCAAAUAAGCAAUCCACUUUAUCAUUCUCGUCGCGGAGAGAGAAUGUCCCGCCUAAUAAUGAGGAAGAGUUGGAAGACACCCUCCCUGUGACACCAAAAAAGCGUAUCGCUACUAGGCCCAUAACGUCCCCUCCUGCAGCCCCAGGAAUUAGCUCAGUUGAUGAAGGCAUCAAAAUUGAAGAAGCAAGGCCCGAAAGUGCAUCUCCAAGUUCAGGUAGACUCAAACGGCAAAAGCACUCAGUAGACGAAGAAAGCGGUGGAGAUGAGAGUGAGCCUGUUACCAAAAGAGCUCGGAGUUCUAAAAGAGAUGUUGGAGAAAAGAUUAUUGCCGCUAACAGAGGCCAGAAACGACCACACAAGCAAAGCAGUAGUCCCAAAAUCUCUUCCAGCAAACCAUUAAAGCCAGAAAAACAGACAAAUGGUGCGGAAGUGGCAGAAAUUGAAUCAUUGACAUCCGAGAAGGAGGAUUUGCUCUCAGAAAGCAGUUCAGAAGAGCUAGAUAUGAAUACUGAAGAGAAAGAAACGAGAAAGAAGGCCAAAUCGAAGCAAAGGGAAAAAGUACAACUUACACUCAAAGGUGAUGAAAAGGAUCCAUACCCCGAUUGGACAGCCGGAGACCCUGUUCCAUAUGCGGCCCUUUGCACUACCUUUUCCUUAAUCGAAAUGACGACAAAGCGACUCGUCAUUCUUGCUCACUGCUCCUUAUUUCUGCGUCAGGUUUUACGGCUGACUCCUGGUGAUUUCCUUCCAACUGUUCAGCUAAUGAUUAACAAACUGGCUGCCGACUAUGCUGGCAUUGAACUUGGAAUCGGUGAAUCCCUAAUCAUGAAAUCCAUCGGCGAGUCUACUGGGCGUAGCCUUGCCGUUAUCAAAGCCGAUCAACAUGAGAUUGGUGAUUUGGGUCUGGUCGCUGCUAAGAGCAGGUCCAACCAGCCCACUAUGUUCAAACCGAAACCGUUGACUGUGCGUGGUGUUCACGAAAGUCUUUUGGCCAUCGCAAAGAUGCAGGGCCAUGGAUCCCAGGAUAAGAAAGUCGGAGGCAUCAAAAAGCUGUUAUCAGCCGCCGAUGCUGCCACCGCUGGAAAGGGUUCUAAGCCGAUAGACAUCACCAAAGAUAAGGGCGGACCAAGUGAAGCUAAAUAUAUUAUUCGAUUUUUAGAGGGAAAACUUCGAUUGGGGCUCGCUGAAAAAACUGCUCUCGUCGCUAUAGCCCACGCUAUGGUUAACCAUGAAAUUUCGCAGAAAGGCAACAAGAUUCCCAGCACAGAACAGCUGGCGAAAGGCGAAGCUAUUUUGAAACAAGUAUAUAGCGAGUUGCCCUCCUACGAAGUCAUUAUCCCAGCGAUGCUUGAGCACGGAAUAUUCAAUCUCCAAGAUAAUUGCAAAUUGCAACCUGGGGUUCCCUUAAAGCCUAUGUUGGCUAAACCCACUAAGUCUAUUUCUGAAGUUUUAAACCGUUUCGAGGGGAAAGACUUUACCUGUGAGUACAAAUAUGACGGUGAAAGAGCACAAAUACAUUUUGUCUCGAAGGACGCAAUAAAAGACUACGCCGUUACAACGACAACGUUGCAGAAGGAUGGUAACAGCCUCUGCGCGAUAUUUUCUCGAAAUUCCGAAGAUCUUUCCAAAAAGUAUCCAGAUGUUUUGGAGAAAUUGGAAUCUUGGGUUAAACCAGGAACAAAAAGUUUUGUUGUUGAUUGUGAAACAGUUGCUUGGGAUCUUGAAAACAAGAAAGUUCUCCCAUUUCAGCAAUUGAUGACUCGAAAGAGGAAAGAUGUGAAGGCUGAGGAUAUUAAGGUGAAGGUCUGCGUCUUUGCAUUCGACAUUCUAUUUUUGAAUGGAAAGCCUACUGUGAAGAAUACCUUCCGUGAGCGCCGCGCUCUUUUACAUGAUACUUUCAUUCCAACUGAAGGAGAAUUUGCUUUUGCACAGUACGACAAUACUAAUGAUCUGGAGGAAAUUCAAUCGUUACUAGAAGAGAGCGUAAAGUCAUCCUGCGAAGGCUUAAUGGUUAAAAUGCUUGAUACUGAGGAGAGUGGCUACGAACCCAGUAAACGCAGUCGUAACUGGCUCAAAGUCAAGAAGGACUAUCUUGCGGGAAUUGGAGAUUCACUCGAUCUUGUUGUCAUUGGCGCAUACUUUGGCAAGGGCAAACGUACAUCCGUCUACGGAGCUUUUCUUCUUGCUGCUUACAACCCCAUUACCGAAAAGUACGAAACAAUAUGCAAUAUUGGUACCGGAUUUUCUGAAGCUGUACUUGAUGAAGCCCAUCAAACACUCAGUCCUCUAGUAAUAUCCGAACCAAAACCAUUUUAUUCGCAUUCUGCCGUCCCCAAGGACCAGCCAGACGUCUGGUUUGAGCCUCGGCUUGUAUGGGAGGUCAAAGCCGCCGAUUUGACCAUCAGCCCCCGAUAUAGGUGUGCGAGCGAUGAAAUAAUGGGAACUGCGGGUACAGGAGCGGAUGGAAAGGGUGUCUCGCUGAGGUUUCCCAGAUACAUCAAAGCGAGAGAGGAUAAGAAGCCAGAGCAGGCUAGUACAACCAAAAUGGUGGCGGAGAUGUAUCGAAGGCAGGAGAGCGUAUCGAAAGAUGAUAAAUCCAAAGGGGGAGUGGAUGAUGAUUGGGAAUAUUAA